CUUUCCAAUUUUCAUUAACCAACUUAUCUAUCCCUCUCUCUGUCUCUCUCUUCUUGUAGUUGAGCUUUCAAAUCGAAAAUUUGUAGAUCUAAAUCCUUGGUUUCGUAUAUAUGAAAUGAAUUGGGGUUUUAAUCUCGCCCAUUCUCCGAGGGCGUUGAGGUUUUGAGUGCACUGAGAUCAGUAAUAGAAGAGGUCUGCGAAGUGGAAGAGGAAGAAAGAGGGCGAUCAGCUGGCAUUGAGAGAUCAGUAAUCAGUAAUGGAAGGUCUGCAAGGUGGAGGAGGAGGUGGAUCAGAGAGAGAAAAGCCAAACACAUCAUCGACCUCUGCCCCUGUAUCCGCUGUUGCUACUUUCUGGAAAGAUUUUGAUUUAGAGAAAGAAAGGACCAUCUUGGAUGAACAGGGGCUUAGAAUUGCAGAGAACCAGGAAAACAGUCAGAAGAACCGUAGGAAGCUUGCCGAGAGCACUAGAGACUUCAAGAAGGCUUCAAAUGAAGAGAAGUUGGCAUUGUUCAAUUCAUUACUUAAGGGUUAUCAAGAGGAGGUUGAUAAACUUACCAAGAGAGCUAAAUUUGGGGAAAAUGCUUUUCUUAGCAUUUACCAGAAACUUUAUGAAGCACCAGACCCUUACCCAGUUCUUAAUUCAGUUGCAGAGAAGGAUGCCAAAUUGUUUGAACUGGAGUCUGAAAACAGAAAGAUGAAGGUUGAACUUGAGGAAUUCCGCACUGAAUCAACUCACCUGAAAAACCAACAAGCAACAAUAAGAAGACUAGAAGAGCGCACCCGUCAGUUAGAACAACAGAUGGAGGAAAAAGUGAAAGAAAUUGUUGAGAUUAAGCAACGCAAUUUGGCCGAAGAGAAUCAGAAAACUAUGGAAGUUCUAAAAGAAAGGGAACGGAUGUUACAAGAUCAAUUGCGCCAAGCUCAAGAAAGUGUUUCCACUAUGCGGAAACUUCAUGAAUUUGCUCAGAGCCAGUUAUUUGAGCUUCGUGCCCAAUCAGAUGAAGAUGGGGCUACAAAACAAUCAGAAGUUAAUCUUUUGAUGAAUGAAGUUGAAGAAGCUCAGACUCGUCUUUUAAGUCUUGAGAGAGAAAAGGGGCUUCUGCGGUCACAGCUACAAUCAGCUAAUGAAGAGAGCGAACAUAAGAGAAGUGAUAGUUCAGAUGCAAACACCGUUCUUGAGAAUUCUCUUAGUGCAAAGGAAAGGAUAAUCUCUGAGCUGAAUACGGAACUACACACUAUUGAGACAACACUAUCAAAUGAACGAGAACAAAAUUUAAAUGAGCUGAAGAAGUUGAAGGCUUUGCUCAAUGAAAAGGAACUUGAACUUGAGGAAUUGAAAAAGGAGAUUCAAACACGACCAACUGAAAAACUAGUUGAGGAUUUGCGGAAGAAAGUAAAAAUUUUGCAGGCUGUUGGCUAUAAUUCAAUUGAAGCCGAGGAUUGGGAAACAGCUACUAGCGGGGAAGAAAUGAGCAAAUUGGAGUCAUUACUCCUAGACAAGAAUCGGAAAAUGGAGCACGAAGUGACUCAGUAUAAGGUCAAAAUUGCCGAAAAGUCCUCUUUACUGGAAGCAGCUGAAAUUAAGAUUAAAGACUUAACAACACAGAUUGAUGAACAACAAAGGCUUAUCCAAAAACUUGAAGAUGAUAUUCUAAAGGGUUACAGUUCCAAUGAUAAAAAAGGCAGCUUCUUCAAUGACUGGGACCUGUCGGAAUCUGGAGGGACAAAUCAAGUCGAGAAUGCAGAACAAAGGCGUGCUCCUGCUGAUUUAGACCAAAGCUCUAUGCUUAAGGUGAUAUGCAACCAGCGUGAUCGAUUUCGGGCACGUUUGCGGGAGACUGAAGAGGAAAUAAGAAUACUGAAUGAGAAGAUAGGAAGCCUUACCAUCGAGCUCGAAAAAACAAAGGCAGAUAAUGUCAAACUCUAUGGGAAAAUACGCUAUGUUCAGGAUUAUAAUUCUGAGAAAGUUGUGUCUAGAGGAUCAAAGAAGUAUGCUGAAGAUCUGGAGGGUGGUUUUAGUUCUGAUGUUGAAUCAAAGUAUAAGAAAAUAUACGAGGACGAUAUUAAUCCCUUUGCAGCGUUUUCAAAAAAGGAAAGAGAUCAGAGGUACAAGGAACUAGGCUUGAGGGACAAAAUUACCCUUAGCAGUGGACGGUUUCUUCUUGGAAACAAGUAUGCGAGAACCUUUGCGUUUUUCUAUACAAUAGGAUUGCACAUAUUGGUAUUUACCUGCCUCUACAGGAUGUCUGCCUUGAGCUACCUCAGCCACGGACCCGAAGAAACCUUUACUGCAGAAAAUGUCGUCAAUCUUCCACAUCCUCAAUGACCUUGAACAUUUUUCGGUUUAUGUUUAAGUUUAAUCCUCCUCCUUUGAUAUCAUGAAAAUCCUUUUGUAUACGUAGGUAGAGAGUGGUGCCUGGAAAUAGGUUGAGUUGAAUGUGUCAAGUCAUGUAUAAUGUCUUUUAUAAAUAUUGGAGUAAAAGAUUGAGAAAUCUGCAUGCCUAGAGAGAGCAUUAUUGUCAUUA